AUGGACGAAUUCUGCGUUCGUCUCCUUUCCUACUUUGAGCGCAGCGAGGAUGGAAAGCCUGGCCGGUGGCCUCAUCCCAAUCUCUCGCCCGAGGACAUGGCAGGCGCGGGCUUUCGACUGGUGAGCACCCAGGCGAAGUCGGGAGACAGCGUCAUCUGCAACUUCUGCAGUCUUCAGGCGUGGGCGUGGGAGAGGAAGGAUGACCCGUACCAUCAGCACCAGGACGGGUCGCCCAAAUGCGAGUACGUCGUCUCCGACAUCUUCCGCAAGCAUCAAGAGCUCUUCUUCAUGAAGAAGUUUGAGAAGGGGGAGACCGAGGAGCCGCUCCUCACCCCUCCCAUGACUCCCACGAAGAGAACCUAUAAGCCCCGUCGCCGCAUGGGUCUCUCCCCCAUCGUCACUGUGUACGACUCGACGCCCUCUCACAAUGCGACCCGGGCCUCAGAGGAGCCGCAGGCGAGCACCGGAAAGCCGUUCGAGAUCACCGUCUCGACUGGCGAGACCAAGGUCGUCAUACAGAUCACUGGCGGGGGCGAGCAUCCGGGGCUGGCGCGAAACGAGUCCGUCUCGAGUAAACAUCUACGAGUGCAAGACGACAUCUCAUGA